UCGCUUGUUAAACUAGUGCAGGGUAUAAAAUUUCCCUCAGCCCUUCCUCACAGUUCACGACUCCAGACAGCACUUUCCCCUCCUCUCUCCUGCGAAUAACUUCACCCGCUCUCAUGGCCUCAGAGCCUAUAGAGUGGCAGGUUCUGGUGCUGAGGGUGUCCAUUCACUGUGAAGGAUGCAAGAAGAAGGUGAAGAAAGUGCUCCAAAAUGUAAACGGCGUGUGCAGAUGCGACAUCGACGCCCGGAGCAACAAGGUCGUGGUCACGGCCUCUACGAAGCUCGAUCCCAACAUCCUCAUCGCCAAGUUGCGCAAGUCCGGCAAGCAGGCUGAGCCUUGGCCCGAGCAGCCGAUGCAGCAGCAGCAGCCACCGGCAGAAAGCCAAAGCCAAGAGCCCAAGAACCAAAACGACGAGCCGAGCAAACCGAACGAACCUGCCGAGAAGCCCGGAGCCGACAACGCCAAGGCCAGUGCCGCCGAGCCAAGCAACCCUCAGCCUGCGCUGGAGCCCAAGCAGAGCACCGGCGAGACCCCAAAGCUGGCUCAAGAGAGCAAAGACGCCUCCAAUGCUGAUGCCAGUGGAAACACUGGUGUUGAGACCACGGCGGAAGCAGGGCAGCAACAACCCGAACCGAAGGGGAAAGCGAAGCAACAGCCUGAGGAGAAGCAGCCGGUCGACGCCCGGGUGACAGUGGAGUACGACCGAGGCGUCGGCAGCUACGUGAACCGCAUGCCGCCGCCGCCGCAGCACCCAGUGCACGUCAUGAGCUACAACGUGGCGCGGCCGAACCCGAGCGCAUCCUACUACGCCACCGCGCCUGCUCCAGCCCCGGCACCAGCACCGAUGCCGAUGGCGAGGCCGGGGCCGUCACAGGGCUACAUUGACGAGCACUACACGCCGUCCUACUACGCCCGGUCCUCGCCGUACGAGCAGUACCACUACCCUCCUCAGCCAUCGCCGUAUCGCUACCAGUAUCAGCAGCAGGCUUCGACGGAGGACUACUACUACGGCGAGCCGCCGCAAAGGAGCGCCUUCUCGCCAGCGCGAGACGGCUACGGCGACAUCUUCAACGACGAGAACGCCAAUUCUUGCAGCGUGAUGUAAACGAAGGGUGCGAGUUAUUAGCUAGUUUACUGCUCCUUAAUCAACUAUGACUAUAUGUUAGAUGCUAGAAUUAGUACGAGAACGGAUGUAAUAGCACUGCUCAGGCUUCAUGGCGCUAGAAUAAGAUGAGCUGAGCUUGAAUGCUUGAUGCACGAGAGGAAGAAUGUGAGGGGCUAAUGGGAUAGCUCUGGCAUUUAUCAGAGCAAUUUUGUAGCAUUUGACAUGGUUAAAAUGGAGAUAUAAAUAAUCUCUUCAAAUUC